CACACACGGAGACAUCACAGAAGGACAGCGGCUCUGCGAUGCCGCUGAACAACGGCAACACCGUGGCCGUGGAGAGACGCAUGGAUCUGGCCUCGCUCUUCUGCAUGAUCGGGCGCCAUGGUCCCGCCGUGGCUCUGGCUCUCGUAGCCGUGGGCUCGCUGCUGGCGGGUUUCAUCAUCUACCGGGCCGUGAAGGGGAAGCGGAGGAAGGCCACAGCCGCCGACGGCGACGGCAAGAGCCCCGGAGACGAGAGAGACACACCGGCGAUCCAGCCGAGCUCCGUGGAGUCAACAGAUGUGAGUGAUGAAGGCUCAUCAGAUGUGAAGGAGGAUAUUGAUCCGAGUCGGAGUGAUCUGAUAAUCAGGCACCGCCGUGCGGCUGAGAAGGCACCUCCGCCUUAUUCUCCCCCUAAGAGUGACGUCCGCACACCAGACAACAAGCACACUACCUCAGAUGAGACCGGCGAAGCGGCAGUCGAGUGGGACUCUUACAACGCAGCAGAGACGUGUGCAGACAAGGCCAACUGGAGCCAGCAGAGUGAUACUAGCGCGGUGGCUGAAAUGGUGCUGGAGCAUGCCGCUGAUGGCCAUCAGGGUGAAACUGAUGACACGAUCAAGGAUGUGUUGGAAGAGACCCAUGAUAAGGACAGCUGCUGCAAGGAACCUGAGCCGAAUAAUGAAGAGAAGGUGUUGAAAGCAGAAGACGAGGAUGGGACCACGGACCUGGACGAUUCUGACCAGACCACCAGACCACAGGAUGAAAACUUUCCGUGUGCUUUGACCAAUCGGGUGUUUUUGGAUAAAAAACCUCCUAUGAGUGAAAACGGUGAUGACGACGGCAAUAAUUCCCUCUCUCCAGAGGAGGAAAAGAAAAAUGGUAGUGAGGAGGCAGGAGAGGAGUGUGUAGACCAACAAGCUGAGAUCUGGUCCUCAACAUCUGAACAAGAAACAAGCUGGCAGGGGCAGCGUGAUCAGGAGACGGACAAGGUGACGCCGCCAAUUCGGGAUUGCGAUGGGGAUGAAGAUGACGGUCUGGCAGGUGAAACGAUUAAAGAAGUUGUAGAUGAAGACCAUUUGAAAAUACUCGCAGCUGUCAAAUUUGACGCCCGUUCGCCACAGUUUGACGAACAAGAUGUGGAGAUUGAACAAAAGGAGGAAAAUGGUCUUAAGUGUGGUCGAGAGGACGGCGUUCUUCACGAUGAUCAAGUAAAAGAGAAAAUGCUGACUGGUGUCAACAUGGUCGCCUGUAGUGAAGAACCUGACGGUUCAAGCGUGGCACCCAGCCCUGCUCUGCCCUGUUUGAGCGCCCCCAUAAAGGCUGUUAAUCACGACAACGGUCUGUCAGGUAUCACCACUGAUGCAAAAGCUCAAAUCUCAGGCAUUGCAGAAUUCUCCGACUUGUCAUCAGAUCGUCCACACCCACAGAAAGCAGAUAAAAUGGCUCCAGCUUUGUAUGGAGACACACAUUCUACUACUAUUCUUGGACCUAAAAUGCCAUCACAUGAGACAGAAAAUCAGCCUGCAAACAAUGUAAAUGGCACAGCGGUGGUGUUGGCUGAAGAACCCAGUGACCAAGUGCAUGUCCCUCAUGUUAAAUCUUGCUGCGAAGACGAACAAAGUGUCCAAACCAUAAGACGUGACACGUUUGACGCUGCUGCUCCUCAAAUAGUUGGCUGUGAUGGUGAAAACCUUACCGCCUCUGUAAUGGCUGAAGUUUUCAAUAAGGCGAGUGUUGCUGCUGAUUCUGGUACAGUUAACGGAACUAAAAUAUCUUGUCCCCUGCCAUCCACUAGCCAAGACCAGCAUAGUGGCCACAUGGAAAUUAAUGAAACCUUUGAAAAGUUGAGGGUCAAUUCCACUACUGAAGCAGCUGCUUGCGAUAAUGCUAGCUGCACUGCACUUUCAACGUCUGUAGAGAUAUCCCAUCCUGACAUAUCGUCUUUGGAGGAAUUGGAGUUUAGGGAUGACACAUCAUCUGCUGGUGUUGGUGAAGAGAGUGGGAUUUCGAGCAUGGCGGUCAGCCCUGAUGCUGGGAAUGAGUUUGAAAAUACGGUGCUUCCGGCGAUCGGGCUUUACCCUUCACAUCACACCCAGCCACCCCACAGCGAGCGCACAGGUUGGACUAAUAAUGAAUCAUCUGCAGCCGACAAGGACAUGCUAGGUCAUGAGGUCGAGGAUAGAUACCACAGAGGGAUGGAUCAGUUCAUGGCGCAGGUUGUAGACAGCGUUACUAGCUUCACCAAUGACCUGGAAAAGCACAAGGAUGUGAACGUUGUUGUAGAGGUUAAAGAGAAGGAAGCAGGAGAAAGUGCUAAAAAGGAGGAGGAAAACAAUGCAGAGAAGGAGAUGGAAGAGGACAAUGAAGUGACUGAAAUCAGUAUCAUGGAGGCAACUAUGGACCAUAAUGAAUGGAUUAUGGAUGGUAACUACCAAGCCAUUCCCUGGAUGAAUCUUUCUGCACCGUCUUUUGCCCAAAACGAUACAAAAACCAACCAGCUUCCCUCUGAAGAGUACCAACGCAGCUCUGCAGUCACCGACUCCGCUUGCAUCGAUGCAACAGACAUCCCACCUUCCACGGAAGUCAAACAAACCAGCAUUCUCUCCCUUGGCGACGAAAACACGGAAAAUAAAAAGAUUGUGGCGGUUCAGCCCAUGCCCCAGCACGUCGACGUGACCUUUCGCAUCCAUUAUGUCACCCAGUCGCCAUACCAGACGGUGGCUGUCACGGGGAACCAGCAGGAGCUGGGGAACUGGAAGGAAUUCAUCCCGCUAGAGAGGGCCAAGGACGGGCACUGGUCCACGGUGGUCAGCUUGCCCGCGGAGAUCCACGUGGAGUGGAAGUUUGUGGUGGUGGACAAGGGGGAGGUGUGUCGCUGGGAGGAAUGUGGCAACCGCCUCCUUGAUACGGGCAACGAAGACAACCUGCUGGUGCACAAAUGGUGGGGACGCCUGUAAGAGGUGAGGUGCGAGCCAGAUUGAGAGUGGCGUGUGCAGUAAGCUUUGGAACUGGAUACUGAACCAGAUAGAAACCAAGACCCAGGGUAGACUAAAAAUCACACACAGUCAUUUAUUAGGGGUGUAAUGCUUCACUGGUGUCACCAUACGAUUAUCCAGUCAACAAAUUGGAAUUGAUUCAAUACCACGAUGCGUCACCACCUCAGUAUUGUUAUAUAUAUUGCUAUGGUUUUCAUUAAAGCAGUCAGGUAUAUAUGAACUCACAUUUUUUUUGCAUCCACUUCAAAAAAAGAGAAAAAAAGAAGACCCUUUCUGAAUGUAGCGGCAUCUUAACACAAUAGACAGCUACCAGAAAAAUCAAUAAGCAACAUCAAGA